AUGGCACCGCCUUUAAACUUAUUGAUCCGUGCUCUCGUGGCCUUCGAGGACGUGAUUAUCCGCCAGAUCCUGAGGAGUCCCGGCUUCCACCGCGGCGUUGGCCGGAUCCAUCGAUAUGUCGACGAGAAGCGCAACGGGCCCUUGCCGCAUGAGCCGUUGCGCCAGGGCCAGGCGUCUGCGAAUCCAGAGGAUCGAGGCUUCGUACAGUACUUCUUUGAGGAGCUGAAGAACCAAUUCCGAGGAACGCCAUCGAAUCCACCGCCUGGGCCGCCGAAGCGAUGA